GAGCAUCACUGCGCCAGCCAGCCAUGACGUGAUAUGCCCCGGCUCUAUGGAAGGAGGAGCCAGGUGCUAGCGGGCCUUUGAGCGCCGACCUCAUCGACGCCCAUUGCAGACCCAGAAGCUGCGCCUUGGCUCGUUGCUUUGUGUUGCCUUGUGCUAUUCGUCUUGCGCGCUGGCUGGCCAGACCGCCUCACGGUGAAUUCACUGAAGCUCCCAUGGUCCCAUGGCCACCGGCUCGGUGGUGAGCACUGUGAGACACGCAGCGGGAACCGGGGCGGGGGCAGCAGCAGCAGAUUGCUCGUGUGUUGAUUUCUUAUCCAUGGGAACUUCCUCCGCGCAGAGCGCCAGCGCAUUCGGACACCCGGGAAUUGCAUCAUCCGGCUGUAAACUCGACAAUGCGAAACCUACUUUCUCUGCCUACGAUGAUGGAUACGUACAUCAAAGCAACAGGGUUGAGCUAAAUGUUCGGAGGGCACUAAAAAAGCAGGACCAGGUGUGGAAGACUCAGGAUGGUCAGAGUUUUGCAUCUCUGACAGUGGCGUGUUUACCUCGCAAGCAAGCUAAACUUGUAGAAACUUUGAACAGAUUAAUCAGGAAAGGAACAGAGAGGGUACCGUUGGGUGGAGUACCUUUUGGUGGAGCUUUGCUGGGAAGAGACGACAUUAGUAGGGUGCAGGAUCACAAAGCUUUUGAGGCCAUUUCUGAUGACGAUAAGAAUCCGCAGCUCGAUCCGGGUCGUCCGAAGAAAGUUCUUAUAUUAAUGAGUGAUACUGGUGGUGGACACCGGGCAUCCGCGGAAGCAUUGAAGGCCACAUUUGAGCUCGAAUUUGGAGAAGAAUUCGAAGUUACUGUCUGUGAUUUGUGGAAAGAACACACUCCUUGGCCGUUCAACCAAGUUCCCAAAACUUACAGUUUCAUGGUGAAACAUGAGACACUUUGGAAGCUGGCUUACCACACUACUGCGCCACGCUUCAUUCAUCAAUCUCAGAUGGCUGCAACCUCAACUUUCAUCGCCCGGUACUACUCUUGACGGGCUUCUAUUUGACAUAUACUUGUGCAAGGGUAUGUUCUCUUUAAUAUUGUGGAUCUUGGAGUACAGGUCUUGUUCCAAGGAGAGAAGGUCAAGUAUGACGGGACUGGUUGUGACAUGUCAAAAAGUACUCCCCUUCAAUUUCUUAGUCACGUUCAACGGCUAAAAGGUCCAGGGGUAAUGCUUGGCAUCAAUACAUGUUGUAUUUCUGUUGUACACCUCAACUACUGUUUAGAUAUGUAUUAUUUGGUGAUGAAUAUAGGUACCGAACAUUCCAGCUUAACCCAGUCAUUUUUUCUGAGGUAGGAGGUUGAGCCGCAGUGUUCGAUAAAGCGAUGAAGUCAGUGCACUACUUAGAAGGAUUUGUGACAUUAGCAUGAUGACGCGAACAGAAUUGGCUACAAUUCUUUUUUAUUUUUCAUUAACCAGAUUUUGUCGUCUUAGAAUGAUGUAUUGUUAAAGCUAACCUUGUUAACCGCCACUCUAACACAACGUCUAAUCAGCAACGGACAACCGUAUUGUGCUCUAAAGUCUAGAUUGGUCUCCAUGGUCUGUCAGUCUUUGACAAGAACUGAGUAGGGUGUCAGGAGUUCUAUAUUGAACUCAGUUUCGCGUAUCUUAUUUGUCAGUAUUUUCAAGACAGGCUUUAAGUCUCAGUAACAAAUGGACACACCCACAAGUCCAUGUAGUCUUGCACACUUUUUUGUCCUAUCAAAGACCUGAGGUGUCUGGUGACAAGCAGUCGAACAGAUAAUUUGAUUUUAAAACUUGACGUACAGCUGGAUUGAUGCAAGGCGACGUUUUCGUAUUAACCGUCUCCAUGAAUCUGUGGUUAUGAUGACGGGAAGGCAGAGAGGUGGCGAAGGGUCUGCUGAAGUACCAACCCGAUGUGAUUAUUAGCGUACAUCCUUUAAUGCAACACGUGCCUAUCCGGGUCCUGAGGGCACGCGGGCUUCUCAACAAGAUCCCUUUCACUACUGUUAUUACCGAUCUCAGCACAUGCCAUCCAACAUGGUUUCAUAGGUCUGUGACUAAGUGCUUCUGCCCAACAAAAGAUGUCGAGCAGAGGGCCCUGAAAGCCGGUCUUCUUCCUUCACAACUACGAGUCCAUGGCUUACCUAUCAGACCUGGAUUUGGCAAACCAACGAAACCAAAGGUUGAGUUGCGUAGAGAUCUUGGAAUGAAUGAAGAGCUCCCAGCCGUCCUUUUAAUGGGAGGAGGGGAAGGAAUGGGUCCUGUAGAAUCUACAGCCCGCGCACUUUGUGAUUCUUUAUAUGAUAAUAAUAAGCGAAAGCCCGUUGGCCAACUUGUAGUGAUUUGUGGGCGUAACAAGAAGUUGGUCAAAACGUUGGAAUCCUUGGAUUGGAAGUGUCCCGUGAAGAUCGAAGGCUUUGUCACCAACAUGGUAGAGUGGAUGGCUGCUUCAGAUUGUGUUAUAAGCAAGGCUGGUCCCGGAACUAUCGCUGAGGCUACAAUUCGUGGCUUGCCAAUGGUAUUAAACAGCUACAUUGCUGGCCAGGAAGUGGGAAAUGUGUCCUUCGUUGUAGAUAACGGCGCAGGAAAGUACUGCGACAAACCCAAAGAAAUUGCUGGACUUGUAGCUGAUUGGUUUGGAUCAAAGGCGGCGGAGCUGGAAAGGAUGGCUUCGAACGCCAAAAAACUUGGUAGACCCGACGCCGUUUUCAAAAUUGUCCACGAGAUUGCGGAGUUGGCUCGAACCGGGGAGACUCUGGCCACGCGGAAAUUGAUGUACACUUAAAAGACUUCCAGUGCCAAGAUCAUAGUAAUCCGACUGAGCGCAUCGCUGCGAUUUCGAACUUCGCGCAUUUACGUGUUGGUCCAAGGUGACCGCCUCAUGGAGGAGACGAGACGAGACAAGAGAUGAGGAUUCUGCACUCAGAACUCCGAAAGUUCAGAGGUUCCAAUGUCUGUGUUGGUGUGCCUGUCAGCAGUAUCGGGAUCGAAGAUUUUGUUGUAUAUUAUUGUUGUCAUUCCACUAAUUGCCGCUGGUUUGCGAUUGCGCACAAGGGUCGGGAAAUAGGGAAAGGGUUUGAUGACCAGAAGAGUUUUGGUGAUAGGAUCUUGAGAGCAUCACCACUGUAAACAGCAGUUUCUUUUGAAAAGAUAUUUUUUUAAAAUCUGAACUGACUGGCCACCUUACUCACGAAAUGUAUCAUAUCAGUCUCUCGAGUCCGUCUGUAGAGAUUUCGUCAAUAGCCUGGUGGAGGAAAGCUGAAGUUCAGUGUGUAUAAAUCUCAUAGCCAAAAGUGGACGCAUCGGCUGAGGAAACGAAUAUUCAAGCAGGAAACUGAACGUCAGCAUUUCUUGCGGCGAGUGAUGCACAAUCCCAGUGAUUGAGACUUCAAAUAACGUGGUAUGCCCCCGUGCCAUCACAUGUUGGUGGGGGAUGGAGGAAUAUAAGAUGGCAAACAUGGACCGAUCAACUCACCGAUCAUCCAGAUCGACUGGGUACAUCAAGAUGAAGUCAUUUUUUGUGAGCAAUUUGUUCGUAAUUUGUUACAAUUUG